AUGCUCCUCCAAUACUGUCUUAUGACCAGCACUUCGCCCGCACCCUCCCGACCGGCGCCCCGCCUUCCUCGAAUUCGGAACUCUGCCAGACGGACGUGUGUAGUCUCCUUCAAGUUGGAGACCGCGGACUCGGAGCGGGGUUGCUGGCAUGUUGCUGCAUCACUUAGCGUCAGCGAACAGCAUAAGCCAGACAAGCAUGGAUACAGCAUUGACAAGCGACCGCGUGCCGCUUCAAUUGUCAUCCGGAACGUCCAAGAGUCCACUGCCCCCCGUCCAAGAAGGCAGAGCAAGGCAAAGAUAUCGUAUAUAAUAUUUGAGCGUACGCAUCUUCUGCUGUGGAGUCUAGAGGUGCAAGGGGUUGACCCAGGUGGGAAGUGGACGGAAAUCAAACGUUGGCCGUCGUACGAAGCAAAGUUCCACCCCACUGGUGAGCAGGUCUCUGCCCUGCGUCUCGAAGAACGCCUGGUCAUGAAGCCCACCACCCCACGACGUCCUUUUACGCCAGUGAAGCGUCUCCUCAACUGUUUCAAGCCCAAGCCUACAGUCAACCUCGGCAAACGUUCCCGCUCUCUCUCCUGCUCGUCCACACACUCUCCAUCACCUCUGGCCCGGAAAUCCAAAGCGAAAACGAAAGCCAAGCCUAGCAGCAUGCUAAUGCCCUGCCCCUUCCACCCUACGCCGGUGGUCCAAUCCUGCGUCGCAGUAGAAAGCGACUCCCCCAUCUCAGGCAGCGUCAUAAUCACCACGUUCCCAGUGCCGCCCUUCUGUUGCCACGCGCACCUCCACAGCAUGGACCGCGAGCAGCUCCGCUCCGUCGCGCAGACUAUCAACUCCCGGCUCCCGCUGGCACUCGGCAUCGACACCACCGCAAGCAGGACGGACACCCAGAUCCGGCGGGACAUCGAGGUGUUCGUGGGGCUGCGCAAGCCGGAGGACGACGGGGGCGAGCCGAGGGUGCCUGGCGCACCGAAGGCGAUUCGCAGCCGGACGGUGACUAUGGGACCGCCUCCUGGCGUACCUCCAAGUGGCUGCAGGAGAAGGCAGCUCGCGAGUCCGAAGAGCCCGCUCGCGGGCAGACGGGGAAGCCGCGCGUUUUCGAUGGCGCUGGGAUCGCCCAUGCUCGACAUUCUGGAGGAGGAGGAUGAUGAGGACGGGACGAUGCUUACCAUCCACAACCGGAAGUCCGUGAAGAGACGCAAGCUCGGCCUGGAGGACCCGGGCACUCCGACACCCGUGCGGCGUGCGGCGAUGAAGCAGCGAGUGGUCAGUCACGGUGGUGGUUCUGUACGACCAAAUGUCGCCGGCAGGACAAGGAGCAAGACGGUUCCCGAUGUGAGGGCGGAAGCCCAGCCGACGGGGGAACGACCUGUCUUCAAGUUCGAUCCGUCGUUCGUCAACUGUGCCCCUAGGUAUCGGCCCCGUCGGAGAGCGCAGCAAGAGAAGACCUCGGGGCUGGCCAGUCCUCGCGCGUAUACUACGGAUAGUCUGUCUGGUCUGGCUUCGCCGCUAGAGUCAGGAAGUUCUUCUCCUGUAGCGUGCUCUACUCCGCAUCGCCGGGGGAAACUCGCAGACGCGAGUUUCGAUCUGGAUGGCAUGGAAGAUAGCGACUCGGACGAGGAAUUCUUCGACAGCUUGUCGGAGCUGUGA